CGCGCCGAGAGCGACCCGGGUCGGGUUUGCAAAAUCUGCAGCCGCAAACUCGCGCGCGGCUUAUGGUUUCCCCCCUUCUUUUUAGGGGGCAAUUCAAUGGAGUGUAAAGCCCGCGCGGUCUCGAUGCGUUCGGACUGAUUUCGCGGAGGGGACCUCGUUCCGAGCUUGCAAGGAUGAAGUACAAGAAUCUUAUGGCCAGAGCCCUCUACGAUAAUGUCCCAGAAUGUGCAGAAGAGUUGGCCUUCCGCAAAGGUGACAUUCUGACAGUGAUAGAGCAGAACACUGAAGGAUUGGAAGGAUGGUGGCUCUGCUCCUUACACGGAAGGCAAGGCAUUGUCCCCGGCAACCGUGUAAAACUUCUGGUAGGUCCUGUGCAGGAGAGUCCUUCGAGCCAAGAAGUGCCAAGUGCAGGAUCAGUACCUCAACCCUUUAACCACCAGAAGGUCUACCAAGUACCAAGCGCGCAUGCUUCUCCUCGUGACCCUGUCUACCAGGUGCCGCCUUCGUACAUGAAUCAGGGAAUCUACCAGAUACCAAGUGGUCAUGGUCUUCAGGGGCAAGAUGUGUACCAAGUGCCUCCAUCUGGGCAAAGAAGUCUUGGUGGAAUCGAUGGCUCUCCUAUAAGUAGCAAGGUAGUAACUCCAGUCAGGUCAGGACAAGGUUAUGUUUACGAGUUCCCUUCCAAAUACCAGAAGGAUACCUACGACAUCCCACCAGUCCGUCCUCUCCAAGGGAUCUAUGAUGUCCCCCCUGCGUCGUCGUUUAAAGGUCCCGCACAGGCCACUCAAGCCGGAGACCCGAAAUCCCAAGGGGUGUACGACGUUCCUCCCACAAAAGGGAACUAUGCCGUCUCCCCGUCUGCCUGCAGAGAUGACACAGAUUCCAGGGAACAUUUGUCCGAAUUGGCUGCUUGCGUAAAGCAUGAUAUGAGACCAGAAGGCGUGUACGAUGUUCCUCCUCCCGUUGCCAAAGCAGCUGCAAAAGAAGGUGGACAAAAGUGCCUUUGCAGCCCACCCUCCGCUUCUGAAGGAACGCCACACAAACAUGGGCUGUAUGAUGUCCCAGUGAGCCAUCAGACUCAGUUCAUGGGGCAGCAAAUGGCUCCCCAGACAGACGUCUACGACACUCCUCGAGGAGUCCCUUUCCCUGGACAGCACCUGGGAUUCAUUGAUGGUCUAAAGGGGAAAGAGGGAGUCUAUGAUGUGCCUCCGCAGGUCACGCAGGAUACUAAAAGACUGCAGGACGUGACCGACGGGAUGAACAGGUUAUCUUUUUCCAGUACGGGAAGCACCAGGAGUAACAUGUCCACCUCUUCCACAACGUCAAAGGAAUCUUCUUUUUCAGCUUCUCCUUCUCAGGACAAAAGGCUGGUGCUGGAUCCCGACACAGCCAUAGAGAGACUUUACUGGCAUCAACAUGCCGUGGAGACCACCGUCUCCGGUUUAAUGGCCUUCGUUGGCCCAGACUGGCGGUCUUACGAGUCCAUGGAGAAGCACAUCAACCAGAUCCGCACUGCCGUCGACAAGGUAGAGCAGUCGCUGGUCGACUACCUGAGCUUUGCCAAGGGAGCGACGGCCAACGCUUCCUUUGUCCCCGAGCUCAGCCUCUACAACAAAAUGAGACGGGAGCUGCAAAGGCUGGAAGACUCCCAUCAGAUUUUAACCCAGACCAGCCACGACCUCAGCAACUGCAGCUGGUCCCUGAACGUCCUCGCUAUCAACAAGCCGCAGAACAAAUGCGAUGAUCUGGACCGGUUUGUUAUGGUGGUGAGGACAAUCCCGGAUGACGCUAAGCAGCUGACCACCAGCAUCAGCGUCAAUGCCGAAGCGCUUUUCAGACAGAUGCCUUGCGACGUGCCCGGAAAGAGUGCACCGGAAAGCCUGGGGCCCUCUGUGGAUUACGUGUACGACAGUCCUCAAGCCCAGACGGCAUUUCACCUCGGAGACAAAAGCCAGGAGCACUGCAGUUCUUUGUUGCCGCUUCUGUCUAAAGACCAGCAUUACCAGUGCAGCAGCAAUGGCUCUGAAAAGAGCUGGAUGGAUGAUUAUGAUUAUGUGCAUUUGCAGGGCAAGGAGGAGUUUGAACGGCAGCAGAAGGAGCUUCUGGAAAAAGAAAAUAUCAUCAAGCAGAGCAAAAUGCAGCUGGAGCAUCAUCAGCUGAAUCAGUUCCAAUGGCUGGAGCAAGAGAUCACAAAGCCCGUGGAAAACGACAUCUCCAAAUGGAAGCCACCUCAAGGCCUCCAUGCCACGAACAGCCUGCUGGCCUCUCAGGACAGGCAGCUGCUUUUGUUUUACUCGGAUCAAUGCGAGACUCAUUUCAUUUCCCUCCUGAACGCCAUCGACGCCUUCUUCAGCUGCAUCAGCGCCGCCCAGCCGCCACGGAUCUUUGUCGCGCACAGCAAGUUUGUUAUCUUAAUCGCUCACAAACUGGUGUUCAUCGGGGAUACCCUGACAAGGCAGCUGGCCACUCAGGAAAUACGCAACAGCGUUAUGAACUCCAGCAACCAGCUUUGCGAGUUGCUCAAAAGCAUCGUGAUGGCGACCAAGGGGGCCGCCUUGAAUUAUCCCAGCACGGCGUCCUUGCAAGAGAUGGUGGACCGGGUGACAGAACUCUCCCACUACGCCCAGUUGUUUAAACGCUCUUUGGUACAAAUGGCAUCUUACUGAGACGCAUCAAACUGACACUCUGCAACAAAGAAUUAACACUUAAGAAAAGAACUGGAAAUAUUUUCUAUGUCAUGUAUAUAAGUAAUAAUUAAUAA